ACAUGACCUUUUGAUAUUUGAGUGAAAAUAGCAGUCAAAAUAUUUGAAGACUCAAAUCCUGCUACUUUUCUAAGGAACAAGAUCAUUCUGGAUAUGACUGGUAAAAACUGGAUAUUGAUUUCUACUUCUACCCCUAAGAAUCUGGAAGAUGAAAUUGUGGGAAGACUUCUGAAAAUCUUGUUUGUAAUCUUCGUUGACUUAAUGUCUAUUAUGUAUGUUGUUAUAACUUCUUAGGGAGCUGACUACCUUCA